GACACUGUGUGUGAGUGUGUGUUGUGUGCAGUGAACUACAUAUGAGUUAACCAUUUGAUUGCCAUUUGAUUACUAUAUCUGUGAACACAUUGUUGUCAUCGAUAUCACGGUUACACUCAUUACCAGACAUCGCAAGUAAUACCCAUUCAGGCAGUCAUUCAAACACACGUAACACCACUACUCGUGAGGGACACCACUGCCAUCGCCUCCCAUAUAUCGGCCACCACUUCAUUGGCGGUGACACCGAUCCGCAGAUACCAUUGUCUUCGCCACUCAAUUGUGUCACCAAUUCGUUGCCAUUCAAUGAUUAUUAUCUCGUAAUUGGUUUGAAUGAAUGGUUUGAUUGCGGAGUCAAACGAGUCAUACAAACCAUUGCAUCAAAAGCCGGCUUUUGGUGACAAACGAGCCAUCGAUCCAUUGAACGCUCGCUUUCUGGUGGACACACAUCUGAUCCGUUGGUCGCACUCAAGAUGACGGUCGUUAUGUCGAAGAUGCGGCAGAUGUCUGAGUCGGUGGGCGUUCCCAACCACUACCUAACGCGCGGCAUAUCCUACGCCAUCUUCGCGGCCUACUUCGCGCGCAUCGGUUACCCAUACGUGAAGAAUGCCAUUUCAAACGUGUCAUCGCAGGUGAGGUCAGCGCAGGACAAGAUCUCGACCACCAGUCCCGAGAAGCAGCCAUCGGCGGGCGACGCGCCCCCUCCGGACGUGUUGGUGUCGGGUCUGCGCCGGCAGUCGUCGUCCGGCGCCGCGAGGGGUCACAAGAAGAAGGACUCGUACUCCAACUUCGGCCCAAAUCGGGACAACUUCUUCGGCCAAUUCGAGGAGUUUGCGAUCAGAAUGUUGUAUAAGUUUCAGACCAUAACCGGCAUUAACGUGACAUUCAUUGUGCAACUCAUUAAACUGAUCCGCAUAAUGGUGCCCGGCUUGCGCACCGUGGAGGUGUCCCUUCUCAUACUCCAUACCGUGUCGCUCGUGUCGCGCACCUUCCUGUCCAUAUACGUGGCCAACCUGGAGGGCCACGUAGUGAAGUACAUCGUGCGCCGGGAUGUCGUCAACUUCGGUUGGAUGCUCUCGAAGUGGCUUCUGGUGGCACUUCCGGCCACUUUCGUCAACUCGUUGAUCCGUUUCCUGGAGAGCCAGUUGUCGCUGGCGUUCCGCACCCGACUCGUGCGGUACGCCUACGAGCUGUACUUCAAGAACGAGACCUAUUACGCGGUGUCCAACCUGGACGGCCGCCUCGAGAACGCCGACCACUCGCUCACCGACGACAUCACCUCAUUCUCGCAACACUGCGCGCACCUGUACUCGCACGUGACGAAGCCCUUGCUGGACAUCUGUGUCAUAUCGUUCACGCUGUUCCGUAUGGCCCACAAUAUGGGCGCUCAGGGCAUGCCGGGCCCUAUGAUGGCGUCGGUGGUCGUGCUGUUCACGCACGGCAUGUUGCGGUGGGCGUCGCCCAAGUUUGGCAAACUGGUGGCCGAGGAGGCCCGCCGUAAGGGGUACUUGAGAUUCAUUCACUCGCGAGUCAUAGCCAACGCCGAAGAGAUCGCUUUCUAUGGCGGCCACCAAAUCGAGAUGAAUAUACUCCAGAGAGCGUACAAAGAGUUGGCGCGACAGAUGAAUGUCAUCUUCAAUAAGCGCUUGUGGUAUAUAAUGCUCGAGCAGUUCCUCAUGAAGUACGUGUGGAGCGCCACGGGAAUGGUGAUCAUUGCCGUGCCGGUGAUGACCGGCAUGAAUGUGUCCAAAAUGGUGGCGUCCGAUGAUAGCGACCAGCCUAUAGAUGAUGUCAGCGAACGGACGCAGUAUAUGACGACCGCUAAGAAUAUACUGAUUGCCGGCGCCGAUGCUCUCGAGAGACUGUUGUCGUCCUAUAAAGAGGUGACAGAGUUGGCCGGAUAUACGGGUCGUGUGGCGAAGAUGUUGACCGUCUUUGAAGAGGUCAGCGAAGGAAAGUUCAAACGAACGGUCGCUAAGUCUUCAAACAAACUCAAGAAAUCUAAUCAAUCGUUACUUUCGUUCAGCGAUGGAAUGCCUGAUAUUAAAGGUCAAGUGACUGAAGUGUGUGGUUAUAUACGCUUAGAGGACGUGCCUAUUAUUACUCCAAAUUGUGAUAUAGUCGUUCCCAGUCUAUCGUUUACGAUGACAACAGACAUGCAUUUGUUGAUCACCGGACCCAACGGUUGCGGAAAGAGCUCACUGUUCCGCAUACUGGCCGGUCUGUGGCCCACAUUUGGCGGCAAACUAGAGCGGCCGGAGUCGAAGCAAAUGUUUUACAUACCGCAGCGGCCGUACAUGUCGUUGGGCACCCUCCGGGACCAAGUCAUAUACCCCGACGACUGGGAGACUAUGCAAAGCAAGGGCGUGACGGACGAGGACCUCGUGGAGAUACUGACUCAGGUGCACCUCAAACACAUUGUCAUACGCGAGGGCGGGUGGGACGGUAAGGGCGACUGGAAGGACAUCCUCAGCGGCGGCGAGAAGCAGCGCAUGGGAAUGGCCCGCCUUUUCUAUCAUAGACCUGAGUUCGCGCUGUUGGACGAGUGCACGAGCGCCGUGUCCAUCGACGUCGAGAGCCAAGUGUACCAAACGGCCAAAGAUAUGGGCAUAUCGUUGAUCACUAUCACACACCGGCCCUCGUUGUGGAAAUUUCACACCCAUCUGUUGCAGUUCGAUGGGGAGGGCGGGUGGCGUCUGGAGCCACUCGACACGUCCACCCGAUUGACGCUGCGCGAGGAGAAGGAGAAGUUGGAGUCAUCGCUGGGAGGAGUGCCUAAAAUGCAGAACCGUUUGCAGGAGUUGUGCUCCAUAUUAGGCGAAGACAGUGUCCUAUUGUUGCCCAAACACGACGACGACUAUCAGUCGAUUAACUCCAGUUCCCAGAAGUCGGACGAGUCGGCCGACCUGUCCGACACCAGUCACGUCAGCUCUGACUAAACAGCAAUACCUAUCAUCCGAUGGAUUAAACUAAUCAUUCAUUUUGUAUUUCAUUAUUAUUUAUGUUAUUUUGAGCACAAAUUUUAUUUCGCAAAACAAUAG